AUGUAUAUUGAUAAUAUGGAUAAUUUGGACACGCAUUUUGUUUCGAGCGUGGAGAAUGCCGUGCAGAAAUCAUUAAGAGAGAAUAAGGCUUUAUUGGUUUAUACGUCAGACGGAGAUAAUGUAUGGUUUGAAUCGUGGUUUACUCCACUAGUUGCAGAGCAGUUAAAGGAUAAAUGUGUAUGGUUACGCUUGUUGGCUCAAAGCCGGGAAAUGAGUUACUUCGAAGAGAUUUUCCCUGGGGUGAAAGUUCCUAGUGUGUAUUGCAUUUCCAAAGGUCAAAUAGUAGAAAUGAUUAGUUACGAUCAAGUUGAUAUGGAUAAGUUUUCGACACGUUUAAUACGGGCAGUAACACACGGGAAACUGGUAGAUAUUUCUAGUGAGGACAGUAGCGAAGGCUCUGGUACAAGUAGGGGUACUGAUUUGGGUUCUAGUGGAAGUCCAGUCGGUUCUUCGUCCAGUGGGCCAGCCUCCACCACAACCAAGUUAACAGAAUACCAGAUAAGGGCUAAGAAACACCAACUCACAGAACAGCAGGAGCGAGAACGAAUUAUGAGACUCAUGAAAGCUGAUCGAGAAGAAAUGAAACACAGAAGGCACUCAUCUUGCUCUUCACCAGGUUUAAUUUCACAAGAUCAAGAAAUACCUAUCGUACCCGAAGUAGCUUCCGAACCUAUUCAUGACAACAUAAAAAACAGAGAUAUAAUCAAUUCAACGGUUUGCACUUUAUUGAUAAGACUCACAGACGGUAAGACCCUUAAACACGACUUCAGUUCAACAGAGACCUUAAACGACGUGAGAAAAUGGGUGGACGCAAACAGAACAGACAAAGAUCUGCCAUACCAAUUUCAUCGGAAUAUCCCGCGUGAAACUUUUACUGAAUCACAGGAAAUGUCAACCUUAUUAGAUCUGGAACUAACUCCCAGAUCAGCAUUGAUUCUUAAACCACUAGAAAAUCAAGGUCAUUCCCAAAAAAUUGCAGACGUGGAGGGACCUGGUUUGCUUGGGAAAAUAUACCAAAACGUAACGUCCUGGUGGUACAAAGGAUCUUCUACAAGCGGAAACACUAAACGAUCUCAGUUACCUCAAGAAAAUAGAGAUGCGGUUCAGUCUGAAGCAUCAUCAAGAUAUGUAUCACCUUUAUCCUCUCCCAAUAUUACACAUACAGAUCCCUCACGAGGAGUUUCUCCAUCCCCUAUAAAUUAUGCACAUCACUCGGAUGAUAACAAUAGUUGA